GGGCACCGCUGGUUCUGUGUAGUGACUACCAGGACCAAGGAACAAGGGGGUGGCAGGGGACCAACCAGAAACGGCGAGAGAUGUCGCUGUGGUGGUGUGGUGGGGCGGAGGCCCAAAGGGCGUGGGGAGGGACCACGCCGGCGGCCGGGGGCCGAGGAGCCGGGCCCGGAGCGCCGAAAAGAGGCGGCCGGGACAGGUAGAGAGCGACCGAGAAACAAGGGAACCGCCCCCCGCCGAGGACCAAAGGACAGGGGAGGGGACGGGCCAGUAAAAAAGCGAAAGCCGCGCGUGUGUAGGACCAAAACGGGCGGGGGCGAGGGACCACGCCUGCGACGGGGGCCCGGAGGGCUCGGGGCACGGGCGGGCCGAAGGAGUGCGGCCGGGAGCGUAGUGAGAGUAGUGAGGACCGAAGAAAACGAGGGGCACGCCCCGCCAGACAAAAAGGACAGGGGGGGCAGGGGAGGGCCAGAAAACGCGAAAGCCGCGCGAAGGCCCAAACGGGCGGUGGGGGGGACCACGCCGGGCGGCCGGGGGCCGAAGGGAGCCGAGAACCGGAGCGCCCGAAGGGGCGGCGGUCGGGGAAGCGAUAGUAUGUCGAGUGUGAGAGAGUGA